AUGGAAUCAGAUGAUCUAAUUGGUGUGAGGAAUCAGGUGAAUAUCUCGGCUGUUUUUACCAACAUCUCACCAACAAUAACAGGACCUGAGGAGCACGCGCCUUCAUACGAUAUACUAAUAACGUCCAUACUCGGCACAAUUUUGACCAUCAUGUGUUUAGUAGGAGUAAUUGGAAACGCUUACACCCUGAUCAUCAUGAACACCUCCGUGCGCGUGACUGGAUCCAUGUACGUCUACAUUGUGAACUUGGCUCUGGCGGACCUGCUGUACCUCUCCACCAUCCCUUUCGUGGUUUGGACAUAUUUUGCGAAGGACUGGUACUUUGGCGACAUCGGAUGCCGCGUUCUGUUCAGCCUGGAUCUGGUCACCAUGCACGCCAGCAUCUUCAUCCUGACCAUCAUGAGCACGGAGCGCUAUCUGGCUGUGAUGAACCCGCUGGACACCUUCGGCCGGUCCCGGCGCUACAGGCGCGCGGUCACCUGCCUCGUGUGGCUCUUCUCCUUCAUACUGGCUCUGCCGACCAUGAUCAUGAUUGACCUCAAGAGAGACGUGCACAAUGGAGUAGAGAAGCGCAUGUGCCAUCCGACCUGGCAGAUGACCGCGUACCGAGUGUAUCUGACCAUCCUGUUCAACACCUGCAUCUUGGCUCCUGGAUUAAUCAUCGGAUAUCUCUACCUGAAAUUAGCCCGGACCUACUGGCUGUCGCAAACCUCUAUAUUCCCAUCCAGAGAAAUGAAGAAGUGUCCUAAACAAAAGGUGUUAUAUAUGAUCUUCAGUAUAGUUCUGACUUACUGGGCAUGUUUCUUGCCCUUCUGGUCGUGGCAGCUGCUCAGUAUCUAUUAUUACGCGCACGGAGGGCUCUCGAGCAGCACGGUGGUGUACAUUAACCUCGUUGUUACUUGUUUGGCGUAUAGUAACAGUUGUAUCAACCCUUUUUUGUACACUUUAUUAACGAAGAAUUAUCAGGAAUAUGUGAGGGACAGACAGAAAAGCAGCACAGAGUUCAAGAAGAGGUUCAGACUGUCCUCUCAAAGGUCUGUGUCUUCUGGGGGUCAGCAGUGCGCACCGUGA